UUCAUUUUCCUGUGAUUUUCGUUACGCGAUUUGGCUUGGCGAGCUGUUUAUUGUGUUGAAUUAAGAAAACAAAUGUAACAUCUAUCCAAUAAGUGAUAAACAAAGAGAAUUCAACAAGUUUCAUGAUCAGUUUUGGUUAACGUUGAGAUUAAAAUGUGAUACGCGUGUGUUUGUGUAGUUUUAAGUUUUCGUGCAUGAGGGUUUAAUAAAAUAAUUUUAAUCUAAUAAUAAUCGUAAAAGUGAAGUUAAGUGCUACCUAUGGUUAGUUACACGUGCAAAUAUGGGGCAGAGUCCGAGUUCUAACUGGAGUAAAGGUAGUAGGAGAUCUUUCCGAUCUUUUGCGAGGCGUUCUAAGCUGAACAAGUCAAGCUUGAGCCACACGUUCAGUUUGCCGCCUUCGGAGGAGUACCCGGAGCUGAUGAACGUGAACAUGGCGACUGAGGAGCAGCUGAUGACGUUGCCUGGUGUGUCCAGGCAACUGGCGCAGGAGAUUGUUAGGCAUCGACAAAUGAUCGGCAGGUUCAAACGUGUUGACGACCUUGCUUUAGUCUCAGGUAUUGGUGCUGAAAGGCUAGAACUCUUAAGGCCAGAAAUAUGUACAAAUUCGAAAAAGCAAAUAUCUAGGACUAGCUCUUGUACAUACUCAUUAGAUAGCAUAAGAUCUUCGUUAGAAAAUAAGUUAUGUUCAGUGAAUUCCUCUAGUGUAUUUCAACUGCAAUGUGUGCCAGGUUUGAACCAAGAAUUAGCAGCAAACAUUGUUGAUUACCGCAAUAAGAAAGGCCCCUUCAAGUCCCUUGAUGAUUUAAUCAAAGUAAGGGGAAUGGAUAUAGUGAGACUGAGUAGUAUAAAACCACAUUUGAACCUGGAACUUAGAAAGUGCGAGAGCGUGCAGCAUUUGACUAAUGGCCAUGUCAACGGAUGGACAGACCCUUCCAUUAAUGAUUCAUUGGUCAGUAGUGAGCCAAAAACUCCAAAGAGUCCGCACAGAAAAAGUCUUUCAAUGCCAACUAAAUUCCCCAUCACAUUGCCAAAUGGUUUUGCGACAGCUCCAGUGACAGAUAUAUUGGACUUGCUCUCGGCUUAUUCCCACAGACCUAUUGUGGAGGAGGUGUUUACAUAUGAAAGAGAUGGGGUUAGAUGUUGCAGACUCGCUUCAUGGAAUCUCCACCAGCUCAGUGUAGACAAAAUAACUAAUCCUGGUGUUAGAGAGGUGAUUUGCAGGACUAUUCUGGAAUAUAAGUUAACAAUAAUAGCCAUUCAAGAUGUACUGGAAGCGCAGGCGCUGCAGAUGAUAUGCGAUGAACUCAACUCACCCGUGCUCCGGAGGGUGAGGGAAUGGCAGUGCAACAGUUACACGUGGCAUUAUGUGUAUACAGGGAACCUGGGCUUCCUGUACGAACGCUCGAACAAGCACAUCACAGUAGAGAGCGCGCUACUCACCGACGGGCGCGCGCGGCGGAUAUUCGAGGAGCUGAACGUACUCCGCUCCGAGCGCGUGCGCAUCUCUCCGCAAGCGUUCCUAAUAUGCGACCGGCCGAUUAUGAUCCUGAACGUGCAGUGCGCAGAACGUUUGUGCGAAGAAGAUGCCGCGAGACUGCGGGAGAUUGCGAACCUUGCGCUGACCUCUCACCUGGAGCUGGCGUUCUUCGGAGAGUUCGUGCGAUGGGAUAACGUUCGAUCGCUACACAACUGUGAAUCAAUGUUGGACGAAGCAGUCAUCACCCAAGUGGAUCCAAACGUAACGGGACAAAGCGUUAUUUUGUGCCCCGGCAGUCUGGAUAAAAGUAACUUUAACAGUCACUGUGGGGUCAUAAAAUCAGGGUUAUGCCAUUUGGCCAUACCACGCGGCUGGUCGUGGGGUGGCCCCGCGUCACCGUUUUGCCCAAUUUGGGCAGAAUUCAAAGUACCUGAUUGACAAGAAAUGAUCACUUUGUACACUAGAAGAAAGUACCUAUGGAACUGUGCUGCGACAGCGCUCGUGUUGAUCUUGCAACUGUUGUGUGUGGUGUUACUCUUGAUAUACUGAGGCCAUAUUUGGAAACUGUCAAAAGUGACAUUUCUGGUGUCCCCUGUCUAAAAAUGUUUUUUAUCUCAUUUAUAUUGAGAGUCCAUCCAAACUGAAAAUAAAGCACGAAAGAGAUUCCUAAAUCAUUUUCAAGAGACAUCUCUAAACAUGUAAAAGAAAGUUAGAGGACCAAUCAGUAUAAAUAUUUCUAUUAUAGUUCUUAUGUUAGUUCCGUGUUACAUUCGGUUUAAAGAUGAAAUCCUCAGCAACUUUGAUAAUUGAAAUAUAUCACAAAUAAUUAUGUAAAAUAAUCAAAAUGGCUGAUCACCAAAAGGUCAGUUUGAGAUUAAUUUUAGUCACAAAAAAGUAUCUGUAUCUAAUGUUUCGUAAAAUCAUAAGGGGUAAGGUAAGAUGAGGAUUGCGCUUAUAUUGGUGCAUACAAUAUAGUUUAAUUUCAAAGUGUGCAAACAAAUGAUAUAUUAAUUAUUUUACGUGGCAUCGCAAUACAUACACGUGCUUGUGUACGAGUAUGUUCUACUUCUUCGUGUCACUUUUGAUAUUCACAAACAUUGUGUGUAAACGUCUUGUUGUGUCUAGUUUAUAGAUCUAUGACCUUGAUGUUAUAUAAACCAACUGAGCCUGCAAACGUUGUCUAUCGUGUAAAUUACUUUCAUACAUAAAUACUAAAAUCCCGAUAGAAAAAUGCGUGGAAAAAUAUUUUAUGGACUAUUUUUUUGCAAAAACAACUUACUUGACUGUAAAGACGGUUUACGAAUGAUAAUUUUACGUUCGAUUCGAUUAUUUUUUGCACUAUCUAGUUAAUAUGUUGAUGGUGCAAAAAUUUUGAAUUUUGCAUAGAUCGAUCGAUGGUGCAAAAAUGUACCUACUACACCGUUCCACGAACAUUGUUCUUGUGGUGUUGCCUGAACUCUCGAAAUAAACUCGCUAGACUCGUUUUAUUCGUAGGCGUUUCAUAUGAGUGUGAGAUGUUAUGGUACUCAAAACGCAAUAACUCUGCUUUCUUUGGCCAAAAGCAAAAAUACAUUACAUUAUUACCCAAAGGUAAAAAUUUCACCGUUACACAUUAAUUGUCAAAUAGUGAAACGGGACACUUUUUCGUGCGUGCAGCCCAGUGCUGGAUUAAGCUAGCGCGGGGCCUAUUUUUUUUAACCUAAAAGGGCCCACUGUUUAAAUUUGCAAUUUAAACAGGGGGCCCUUUUAGGUUAAAAAAAAUACAAAUUCUAGUCUGUCUUUUCCCCCCAAAAGUGACCUUUAUAUUUAAAAAUUUAAAGGAAUGAUGCUCAUAAGAAGCUCUUUCAUUUGAUGAAUCACACCAUGUAGUUUGCAAAAAAAAAUUGUCCAUAUUGCCCAACAAUAUUGACCUUCAUGUUUUUUUUUCUCGGGCGCGGGGCCUUCAUCUGAACACGGGGUCUGUAGCAAAUGCCACUUACCGCCCUAUGGCUAAUCCGGCGCUGGUGCAGCCGGUGUCUUCAUCUGUUUAUAAGACUUAAUUACGUCAAAAAAUCAUUAAUCUAGCCUUUGUAUCCACAAACACUAGUGAUUUUGUAUAAUUUGAAGAUGUAACAUCAAUGUCAUAGAAUAUUAUUAUUUUUGUAGGGAAGGAUUAUUUUUUCAUCGGGAGGUGGAGUCAUAGAUAAUAUUUCUAUUUUAUCUAUCACGGGGUUGUAAACUUGAUCGCUUUAAGCAUAUAGACCAUAAAAAUCUUCUAUUUUUCAUAACCGAUGCCAUGUUUACAAAUUUUAUGAUAGUUAUAAUAAAAAAACUUGCUUAUCAAUUUUCCGCAUUAAAUUUCCUGUAUAUUUGUAAUGUAAAAUAUAGUUAAUAUUUAUAUUUAAAUAAAUUAUUAUUGAUGUGAAAUAUUUUUCUGUAUAUAGAUGUAUUUUAAAAUUUAACUAUGCGAAAUCGAGUUUUAAUAAAAAAAAAUCUUAAACGUUUUUGAAUAAAAAGUGUGACGGUUGAGGUUAUUUUUCCAUAUAUAAAUGUAUAUUAUACAUUUUGCAAUUAUCUUCGUCAAACAGGCGCUUUUCACUAACUUGUCGAACAUGAAUCGCUUCCGGUAUCUAGCAAAAUAAUAUUCCGUGAUCAUGUUCAAAUUCAUAUUUCAUUUAUUUCAAUUAGGCUUAAUUUACAAGCAGUUUUGAAAAGUCAAGUUAUGUCAUGAUUUAUUAGUGGUAAUUGGAGUCGAAAACUUAAAAUUGAAGAUAUGAGGGUUCAUAUGGUUUACACACAUACAAGCAAGCUCAUUGUAUUUGUUUUGUGUUUUACCUGUGCUGUGUCCAAGUAGUCGUCUGUGAUCUUUGUUUAUACUUUAAUUAUUUUCUUAGUUUUAUAUAACUACUGUUCUUCCUAAGUUGGGACUUUUUAGCACUUUUUAUUCAAAAAACCGAAAAUACUUUAGUAGUGAGAUGUUUGUAUAUACUUAGUAUGUUAUUUAUAUACUGUUUUUAAAUCUAUUUUAUAAAAUUCACCUCUUUUUAGAUAUGCUUGCUAAUAGCAGUAUUCAACGAAUUAUACUCGGUUUUUUUUUUAAUAAAUAAUUUAUAUUAGUGUACUAGGUAAGGUGAUCGCAUAUCAGAUCGUAUUGAACGUCAUUUGCAACGAUUUUAAAAAAAGAAGAUUCUAAUAGGUAUGCCGUAGGUAUAUUUAGAAAAGGUUUUGUUCGACUAAUAAUUAUAUUAACACAUUUUUUUUUAAAUUAAAAUAAGGUGUUUAUUUAUAAGAAGACAAUUUUUAUUGGUUGUAACGACUAUCACGUCAGCAUCCUAUAAUAGUCCACAUGGUCCGUUCUGUUUUGUUCUGUUUUAAAAAAUAUAUAUGUACGGCGCGAACUGAUAUGCUGUCAGCUUUAAACAGAAAUUGUGGCCAAAAAUUAAUAUUAGACUCAGUAAAAACAUCUCCUAUUAUAUUCCAUUUGUCUUAUAUUCCUCAACGAUUAACUUUUUUUCCAAUAGGUAAUUUACAUAGAUAAGAUUGAACUUUUGAAAAAAAAAUGUAAUACAUUUUUAAUGUAACAGCGUACCUGAUAUGCUUUCCUUGUUUAUGGUGUUUAAAAUAAAGCGCUUUGAGGUAAUUCUGAAAAUGGGGAUAUUCUGAAAAUGGGGUAUUCUGAAAAUGGGGAUAUUCUGAAUUUACGAAUAUAAACUGAACUAUUUAAAAAGUAUUGGAAAAAACGUUUAAGGUUGUUACUAGUGCUGAGUAUUAAUGAGUUUCUCCAUUAUCCUCAUUUUCCUAAUCACCCCAUAGCUUCUUUACAUCGUAAUAUAAAAUAAUUGUCACAUACAAUACAGAGAGAUCUACUUAAAAUAUUUUUGUAUUAUUGUAUACUUUUGAAAUGAUCUCGUAUUUAAUGAAUUACCACCAUAUUAUUAUUAUUAUUAUUAUUUUGAAAUUUAUUUAUUUAACAUUUACUAAUUUCAUACGAUGUUCGUGUGAUUGUAUGGAACAUAACAACAACUAGAACUGCAAUAUUAUGUAUAGUUAUCGCAUUAAUUUUACCGAUUUUGUGAUAAAAUUGUAAUUUAUUUUUAUGGUUAUUUUUAUUUUUAAUAUUUGUUACGUGUUACCGUGGUGUCAUUUAAUUCAUGGAUUUAAAAUAAAUUAAUGAAAAUUA